CUUCUAUGAACGAACUGCUGGAACUUCCUCAUUCUUCUGAGAGAAGCCUAACGGGACAGACGCAAACGUUAUCCUGCCGCAUCUUGUCUCCUGUUUUACAGGUCCAAUGGCAGCCAUGGUGAAAUCUGAGCCUCUUGACAGCAAUAGUGAUUCAUCGCCAGAUCAAAAGAGGAAGAAGAUGAAGAUAGCUGAGCCUAAUGAUCGCAUGACAGUGGAGACGGCACUAACAAGAGAUGGACGCUUCCAUGACAAUGUGUUCAUUCAAACUUUCACUCUCGUUGAAUCGGAAUCAGAUCCACCGAGGUGUGUUGAGAUGAAUGUACUAGUUGACUGUCUGGAUAAACAAACCUUCAAAAUGAUCCUGGAAGAGAGAAACGCCACACAGGCUCCAACUGCCCCUCCACAAGCUGGCUCUAACCUUCAGAAAGAAGACGAGACUAACUCCAUACAACUCCCCAUGUCUAACACAAGCACUGAAACAUCAGCUGCAGGGGAGCCCCCCAAAAAACAGAAAUAUCCAGUCACAGUGACAGAUUCUGCUGAGAUUUUGAAGAUUCUUCGCCACCAGUUUGCUGAUUUGGUGAAACAGAUGAAGAAGAGGUACAAAAAGAAGAAAUAUUCUGGGGUACUAAGUCAUUUAAGCGGGGAAUUUGGAAAGAGCACAGAGGGGUUCUCUGAAGUCUACACAGUUAAGAAGCUGAUGGAACUGAGUGACUCAGUCUGUAUGAUCGAUGUCAAGGGGGUCAAGCAAGGCACUGGCUUCCUGCUGUUUGAUCAUUACAUUCUGACAAAUGCACAUUUGUUUAAAAAAGAUGGCAUCUUCUAUGUUAAUGAAUAUGGCCAUAUCUCAGCCAAAGUAACUGCCACAUUCAACAAAGAAAAUCCCAGUGAGUCAAAUCUGAAGGAGAUAGAUGUGAAACCAGAGAUCAUUGACUUUCAAUGGGGAUUUGACGCCUACAAUCGACAUGUGGACUUUGCUGUACUAGAGCUUCAGGACGUUGACACCUCCACAGGUCUUCUCUGUAGAUCUAGCCCAGAUCCAAAGACAGGUGGAGUCUGUCUCAUUGGACACCCAGGUGGAGGAGUGAAAAGAACCGACCCCACCACCAUUAUUGAGAGAGAAAGAAGAGGUGAGGCUUUCCAAAGAGAGACUGGGAAAAAUGACAGAAUGGAUAUGCUGAUCAAUACAUCCAUAGAAGAGAAUAAAGUGAAUUAUGACAUGCUCAUGAAACCAGACAGCACUGAAGUGACCUAUGACACCUGCCUCUUCCAUGGAGCUUCUGGCUCCCCAGUCUUUGAUGAGUCCUGCCAGGUGAUAGCCAUGCACACUGGAGGGUUUCCCUACAAAGAUGAAGGAGUGAAGAGUGUGAUUGAGUAUGCCAUCCCUCUCUUCACCAUACUGGAGAACUUUCUGAUCGAGAUGAUGAACAGAAACAAUGUUGAAAUACUGACCAAGUUCACCAGAGAAGCCUUGACAGGCCUCCAUUCGCGUGAUUUCAUUUACAAUUUUAUCAGACACCUGGUAACGGAAUGGAAGCCCUCAUUCAGUGCAGCCUUGACAGCAGUCUGGGAAACAGUUGAGGAAAAUGAGAACCAUCUAAGAAUGAAAGAAAAUCUUAGAACAUGGAUCAUUUCAAAAAAGGAGGUACUGGAAAAGAUUCAGAUAGCAGGAAAUGAAGCUUUGAAAGAGUUCAUGUUGGAAAACAUUCUUGUCAAGUUAUCCCAGACCGAUGAUGAUGAUGAGCCCAUGGAUGAGUAGGUUUUGUUGCAAAUACAUCCAGUGGUUGUAUUGGGAACAGCACAACUAUGUCCAUUUAAGGAUAGUCCACCUAAAUUACAAAAUGACACAUUGGUUUUUUUACCUUGUAAUGGACAUGGUAUGACAGCAAUCCAUGCUUGUUUACCUGGCCACUGUUUUCAAAUGCGGAUGUAUGUCUGUAUGUAUGUUGCUCUAACCUUAGUGUCUUUCAGGCAUUUCAGGGUAGAUUACCUGUUCUCAGACAAAGGUACAUGUUUUUUCUCUUGAAGACCAGCUUGCCUCACAAUCAGCCCUCUAUAUAACUACCUAGCCACCCCAUACAGCCGUGUGUAUCUCAGCUUGCCUCACAAUCAGCCCUCUAUAUAACUACCUAGCCACCCCAUACAGCCGUGUGUAUCUCAGCUUGCCUCACAAUCAGCCCUCUAUAUAACUACCUGACCACCCCAUACAGUCGUGGGUAUCCCAUCUUGCCUCACCAUCAGCCCUCUAUAUAUCUACAUAACCACCCCAUACAGCCGUGUGUAUCCCAUCUUGCCUCACCAUCAGCCCUCUAUAUAUC